AAGCCGUUGCUGGGGGUGACGGAGGUAGGCCCCGAUUCAGUCCUCGGGGAUUGGAGUACGAUGGGGCUGGAUAUGGAUCCGAUGUUUCUGGCCUGGAGUUAUUUCAGAAGGCGCAAGUUCCAAUUCUGUGCUGAUAUCUGUACGAAGCUGCUGGAGAGCAACCCGUAUGAUCAGGCCGCAUGGAGUUUGAAAACUCGAGCCUUGACAGAGAUGGUAUAUGUGGAUGAGGUUGAUGUAGAUCAAGAAGGAAUAGCAGAAAUGUUGCUGAAUGACAGUGCUAUUGCCCAGGUUGCCCGACCGGGAACGUCUUUAAAAGUCUCAGGAAUCAGUCAAGGAGGAGGUCCUAGCCCAGCUGUCAGACCUGUGUCUCAGUCAGGAAGACCCAUCACUGGGUUUGUUAGACCAGGCACCCAGUCUGGCCGACCUGGCACCAUGGAGCAAGCUAUCAAGACCCCUAGAACGGCUUACACUGCCCGACCAGUAACAUGUGCUUCUGGAAGAUUUGUUCGGCUGGGGACGGCUUCCAUGCUUACCAGUCCUGAUGGACCAUUUAUUAAUUUAUCCAGAUUAAAUUUAACCAAAUAUGCUGGAAAACCAAAUUUAGCUAAGGCAUUGUUUGAAUAUAUUUUCCAUCAUGAAAAUGAUGUUAAAACUGCUUUAGAUUUGGCAGCCCUGGCUACUGAGCAUUCCCAGUAUAAAGAUUGGUGGUGGAAGGUACAAAUUGGAAAAUGUUACUACAGGUUAGGUUUGUAUCGUGAAGCAGAGAAGCAAUUUAAAUCUGCAUUCAAACAACAGGAAAUGGUUGAUACAGUUCUUUACCUGGCAAAGGUCUAUAUUCGUUUAGACCAGCCAUUGACAGCAUUAAACCUUUACAAGCAAGGACUGGAUUGUUUCCCAGCAGAAGUUACACUGCUUACAGGAAUAGCUCGUAUAUACAAUGAAAUGAACAACAUGGUGUCAGCCACUGAAUAUUACAAGAACGUUUUAAAACAAGAUAAUACAAAUGUAGAAGCCAUUGCCUGCAUAGGAAGUAAUCAUUUUUAUUCAGAUCAGCCUGAGAUUGCAUUGCGAUUCUAUAGGCGACUUCUCCAAAUGGGUGUUUAUAAUUGUCAGCUCUUCAACAACCUAGGGCUGUGCUGCUUUUAUGCACAGCAGUAUGAUAUGACUCUGAGCUCAUUUCAAAGAGCACUUGCACUGGCUGUGAAUGAUGAGGAAGUGGCUGACGUAUGGUACAAUCUUGGCCAUGUAGCAGUGGGAAUAGGAGAUAUGAAUUUGGCCUACCAAUGUUUUAAACUGGCACUAGCCAACAACAAUGAUCAUGCAGAAGCUUAUAACAAUUUAGCUGUCCUGGAGGUGCACAAAGGUCAUUAUGAACAGGCUCGGGGGUUUCUACAAACAGCUGCAGCACUGGCUCCUCAUAUGUAUGAACUGCAUUAUAACUUUGCUGCACUUUCAGAUAAGGUUGGAGACCUUCAGAGCAGUUAUAUAGCUGCGCAGAAAUCAGCAGCUGCGUUCCCAGAACAUGUUGACACUCAGCAAUUAAUCAAGCAAUUGCAACAACACUUUGCCAUGCUUUAACUGUAACCAUGAUGCAAUGAUCUUGGGAUUUUUUUGUUGUUAUGUGAGAUAUUUACAUAAUUCAGAUACUGCAUGAUGUGGCAGUACAAUUGUUAGUUCCAUAAUCUUAGCUUUCUACCUCAUACUGAGGCUCAGGGAUGCAUUUUCACUUUGGAUGCAGGGAACUGGGAGUCAGAACUGCCCCAAACUCACCCACCGGGUGGGAGAUACAGUCUACCUUUGGGAUUUUGACAGGGGCACUCCAUUAAAGUUGCUUUUGUCACAUUUCUAUUCCAGUUAAGGUCUGUGGGCAGGGUAACAGGGUUGAAAGUAGUAAAAAGUAACCAAGAGAGCACUUCAGCAUGGAAGCACUCAUCACCCCUUCUUAAUCAUAAAAGCAGCUGAGGUACCACUGUGAUUGGGAGGAUGUAGCUGAAUCGUAAUUAUAGUGACCUUUGGCUGUACCCAUAUCCAAGCAAGCAAGGAAGGCUUACCCGGUGCAGUGAAAAAUUGGCCAUUUGCUGGAGAGCCACCUCCAUACAGUAAACAGGCCCUUGCUGGCAUUACCUCUCCCACCACAAUUGCAUCAGGAAGCUGGUAGCUAACAGGAAAAUCCCAGGCCCCUGAGCAUGUCACUUCCAAACACAAACACUGAGGAAUCGAGGCAGGAACCUCUGCUUCCAGCCUUGGUGGAGUUUAAAAAUUCAAUCUCCAGUUCAUCAAAUGUGCAAUGAAUAUGAGAAUUAUGGAUUUAGAUUAGUGGAGCUAUUGAAACUAUUUUUGUGCUCACUGUGUGCAUGUCAAUCAGUGCCAGAGUAAAGCCAAUAACUGAUAUAGCAACAGUAGUUUUGGUUGUAUUGUACAAAAUAUUUGACAUAUAGUAAAUGUCUUAAUACAGCUGUCAUGUUGACUUACCUGCUGAUAGCAUGGGAGGCAGGCCAUCUGAUUGAGGGUAAUCUGAAAGUAGAUUAAAACAUUCAAAGAAGAUUUUAUAUUAGUAUUUUGAAAAUCCAAGAACCCUCACAAAGAUCACAGCAUAAUAUUCAUAGUUAAGAUACAAUUUCAUAUCAUUCCUUUUAAAGGAGGCACCAUUUUGUUAAUUUUUGUAUAUUCAAAUUCUAUUUCUCAUAAAGAACCAGUUAUAGUCCAGCAAGUGAAAAUGUGUUUGUGAUGGUAUUUCAACCUGUUUUGUAAAGGAAGUUGUACAGUAACCAUCUAAAUAAAAACGCUAAAUAAAGAUUUGGCUUGUAUCAACUGUUGUUA